AUCUCACAAUUCUGACUUUUUUAUGGAAAUUCUGAGUAAAAUUAAGUUUGCAUUUUUUCUUUUUUGCUAUAAAUGCAAGUUGUGCUGUUGUUUACAUGUAAAUAAUGUUGCAUGUCACUCAACGAUUUUGACAGUAUAGCACAGCUUCUUAAAUCUUAUUUUAUAUAUGUAUAUAUAUAUAGCAGCAGAAUUGUAUUACAUUAUCUACCAAUUGCUGGGCCAAGUUAUGUGAAACUACAAACAGGAAUGGUCAGGGAGGGGGAGGUAAACAGUGUUACAUGAUCUCCUCUGUUAUUUUAUCUGUCUCAGAUUCUCUAAAUAUGCCCCCCAUAGCCUAGGACCCUCCUCCCCUCAAACACCAGAAGCGCUGGAAUACAAGUUUACUCUUUGAUUGUGAGAAAAUGAGUGUUGGUGAGAUCUGGCAGAGCUUUCAAAGAUCUUCACAAAUGUCAGUGAACGCUUCUCUCCAUGCCACUUGUUAUCAUAAUCACUCUGCUCGACCAUCAUUGUGUUAUGUUAAGUAGUGAGUCUGCUUUCUGUCUGUGGCUCUUUCCUCCUUGGGUUUCAAUUCCAAACAUGGUUAUCCUUCUCAUGGUCUCUACCCCCGCCUAUCCUGCUCCAUGUUUCCAAUAGUCUUCAGUCCAGUGUGGGACAGGGAACAGACGCAGAGACAUUAUAGGGCUGAUUUCUAAAAGGAAAAGUGGGUGUCAAUGGAACUGAAUGGAACGGAAUUAUGAAGCUUCCUUCAUUCCAACUGUUUUUGGCAGUAAGUAGUGCAUUGACUGUUAGAGGGUGUGGGGAACAAUCUUUUUGUAUCUAAUAUCUCGUCUUUUUCACAACCAUUUUAAUACCUUGGGCUUUUGAACCUCUAAUUUUUCCAUCAAGGUAUUUGAUGACACUCUUUUUUUAAUUCAGUAUUUCUUUGAAUUCGAGACUCAAACAUGAAUAGUGGCGACUCUAUCUUUAUUGACAGCAUAAUUUUCAAUCACACACUCUGCAAUGGCUGGACCAACAGCACUGAAGGUGCCAUCUACCAUCUGGGUAACACUUUUCUUUUUUUGGGCUAUAUGGGUGGUAGUGGAGCAUAUGGGGUUCUGUACAUCUUCAGUUUUUUGGCUCCAGCUUUCCUCUGUCUGGCUCUGUGGGGCUGGCUGACGGUGUGCGGCCUUGAUGUCUUCCUUUGGAACCUGCUGCUGAUGCUGCAGUGUUUGGCCCAGGUGUGUCAUCUUAUUUUUCGGCUGAUGCAGGACGGUUUAGCCAACGAGGAGCUUUCUGCGCUCUACACGGCGGUCUAUCUGCCGCUGGAUGUACCUGUGCAGGUGUUCAAGGACAUCACGGCUGCCAGCGAGAACAAAGUGCUCUCUCUAGCGGCGGAGGAGACGUAUGCCGUGGAGGGGAAGACGCCCAUUGAUCAGCUGUCUUUUCUCAUUUCUGGCAGGAUUAGAGUGUCCUUAGAAGGUCAGUUUCUCCAUUAUAUCUUCCCUCACCAAUUUCUUGACUCUCCAGAAUGGGAGUCUCUAAGACCAACAGAGGAGGGCAACUUCCAGGUGACACUAACCGCAGAGACGGACUGCCGUUACAUCUCUUGGCGCAGACGUCGGCUUUACCUUCUGCUGUCCAAGGAUCGUUACAUUGCCCGACUUUUCUCUGUCAUGCUCGGAAGCGACAUUGCUGACAAACUGUACUCUCUCAAUGACAAGCUGUUUGCCAAGAGCGGCGUGCGCCUUGAUAUUCGUCUGCCCAGUCUCUACCACGUCCUCGCCCCCUCGCCACAGGGCAGCGAGGGUGGCAGCACUAGCUCACCGCCCAGGGGAAGCCAAGGAGAUCCUACAGUCGUAAAGAUUGAUCCAGCACCGUCUAACCAGCGCUCAGAUGAAAAAAACUUCCAUCCGGACCAGGGAAAGACCCCUGUGCCCAAACCUCCACACCAGCACUGGCCCUCAGACACAGAGAUGCCCUCUGGUGAGGACUCAACCAGCUUGAUUCUGGAGGACUUUGCUGAUAUGACAGGCUCUCUAAUGGACUACGGGAGUGAGAGGGAAUAUUUGAAGUAAAGAUUAGGGUGUUGAGGCUUAACACACUGGGACACUUCUUAAAUCACAAUAGGAUGAUACUCCAGGAAGUCUUCCACUUCGUUUCCAAAGAGGAUGUGCCCCACUGGCCCCUACUGACACCCCAAAGCUGUAGGAAUGGUUUCAGCGGUAUAAAUACCAUAACAUCUGAACGAUUCCUCCAUUAAAUCACCAUCAUAGCCGUUUCCUUUCACAUGAUUGAAGACAACAUUAACACAGAACAGUAAAAGAUCCAUCAAAUGUACUUUUGUUUAGGACAAAACACAAAUUUGUUUUUGUUUUGUUUUUCUUCCAGACAGAUACUGUGUUAUAUAUGAUUCCACAUU